GGGGGCGGGGCGGCAGGGCGAAGUCCUGCUUGGCGCGCGAGCUCAGGGCCGGUCUGGGGUCCUGGUGGCUUACGUGUCUGCUUCUCUCUGCCCAGCCGACGCGUCAUGGGGGCUGUGAGCGCCCGGCGAUGCCUGGAGUACGUGUUAGGCUUCUACUUCCUGUCCCACAUCCCCAUCACCCUGUUCUUGGACUUGCAGGGGUUGCUGCCGCGCGAACUCUACCCCGUCCAGGUUAGAAAUCUGCUGAAGUGGUAUUCUGCAGAGUUCAAAGACUAUCUGAUGGAAGAUCGCCCAGUGUGGUUUACAUCGUUUCUGUUCUGUGAGCUUCUAUUUCAGCUGCCUUUCUUUCCCAUUGCAGCAUAUGCCUUUUUCAAAGGAAGCUGCAGGUGGAUCCGCACCCCCGCCAUCAUCUACUCAGUUCACACAAUGACAACUUUAAUUCCAAUACUUGCCUCCUUUCUACUUGAGGAUUUCUCCAAAGCCAGUCAUUUCAAAGGACAAGGACCUCAGACUUUCAGUGAACGACUCACCCUCAUAAGCAUCUAUGCCCCUUACUUACUUAUCCCUCUUACACUUCUCCUCUUCAUGUUGUGGAACCCUUACUACAAUCAUGAGGAUAAAAGAAAGAAAAAAUGAGGAAAUAACCACUGGCCAAGAAGAGAGGUGCCCACUGGGGCAUCUUUUGGACCCAACACAGAAAAACUCUUUUGAAUCAAUGGCUUCAAUGGCAUUUGAAAAUACUACCAGCAGUAUUCAAGACCAAGGUGGUGGCAAGGGUCGUGUCCAGUUAGCAGAGGUGGGGGCCUGUGGGCCAGCUUAUAGGAAUGAGGUGAUUGAUCAAUUGCAGGAUUAACAAAUGCAGGACCAGACCACAAACUGGGUAACUUUCCAUAAAACAUGGCCUGUUUGACAUACUUGAAUCAUUACAGUAUGAACACCCAUGUCUAAGCCCUUGACUAUGAUUCUCUAUAGAUGCCACCAAUCAACAAAGUGAAAAGUGGAAUGUUUCAGGCCAUUUUAAAAGUAGGGACUGUACUUCUUUAGUAGUCAUUAAUAACUGUCAUAUUUUUGUUGCCCCUACUUCUCACCCCUGGGGGGAAAAGGGAACUAUGCAAGAGAGGUUUAAACCUUAAGGGUUAGCCCUAGCAUGACUUUCAGUCAGAAGUAGGUUAAACUGGAAGGUGUUUUAGUUGUAUCUUAAACCAGUCAUCCCAAGAGAUUUUUUUUAAGUCACUUAUAAUAUUUCAAAAUCUUAGUCUUCCCUAUUUUUAGAGACCACCUGAGAUAAUUUUCUUUACUUGAAAUCUGGUAUCUCAAGCUUGACCUGGAAGUAUGCUCCCUGAUGGAUAACUUAAUUCAUCUUGAUACAGUCUAAUCAUUCCUAUCUUGUCAGAAGUGGAGUUGCUGGCCAUGACCAGCCCAGUGUGUACAUACAAGGGUCUCUGGAUGCUAGUGCUUGGUUGUUCCCUUAGCUUUUCUGAAACCAAAUAUUUGAGGCCAUUCCUAAAAGAUGGAAGACAAGAGGUUCCCAUCAAUUCUCUGUUUUUGCCCUUUUUGCUCAGAAACCAUAUUGGUAUGAUUGUUGGUACUAGUUUGACUUGUCUGUGUCUGGUCCAAAUAAAGGUAGCUGUGGCCA